AUGGGAUGUUGUUGUCAACCAAAUCAAAUGAAUCAUGAAAGAAAAUAUAAACAGUGGAAUACAUAUUCCGUAUCUUGUUAUGAAAAUUGUAGUAAUUGUUGGUGUUGUUUAUGUUGUUGUCCAUUUGCAAUUGCUGAAAUUUAUCAUUAUACAUUGUCAUUACCAUGGUUAAUAGCGCUUAUAUUUUCUAUCAUAUUAUUGCCAUUUCAUAUGCUUAUCAUAUUAUUACUACGUAUGAAAAUUCGACGUAAACAUAAACUGGAAGGUAAUUGUCUAAGUGAUUUAUGCUGCCUAGUUGGCUGUUGUUGGCCAAUGAUCAUUUGUCAACUAAGAGAUGAAAUUUUAUAUUUACGAUCGAGAUCUGAAUGGAAAUUAGGUUAUUCACAUCGAUUAAAUGAUAAACCUCCUUGGGUAAAAAUAUUUACGAAAUCAAAAAAGAGUGAGAAUAACGAUGUGGAAAGUUUAAAUAUCAAUAGUGAUUAUGAUGAGGAAGAGGAGGAGGAUAUCAAAAAAGACGACGGUGAUGAUGAUGAUGAUGAUGAUGAUGAUGAUGAUGAUGAUGAUGAUGAUGAUGAUGAUGAUGAUGAUGAUGAUGAUGAUGAUGAUGAUGAUGAUGAUGAUGAUGAUGAUGAUGAUGAUGAUGAUGAUGAUGAUGAUGAUGAUGAUGAUGAUGAUGAUGAUGAUGAUGAUGAUGAUGAUGAUGAUGAUGAUGAUGAUGAUGAUGAUGAUGAUGAUGAUGAUGAUGAUGAUGAUGAUGAUGAUGAUGAUGAUGAUGAUGAUGAUGAUGAUGAUGAUGAUGAUGAUGAUGAUGAUGAUGAUGAUGAUGAUGAUGAUGAUGAUGAUGAUGAUGAUGAUGAUGAUGAUGAUGAUGAUGAUGAUGAUGAUGAUGAUGAUGAUGAUGAUGAUGAUGAUGAUGAUGAUGAUGAUGAUGAUGAUGAUGAUGAUGAUGAUGAUGAUGAUGAUGAUGAUGAUGAUGAUGAUGAUGAUGAUGAUGAUGAUGAUGAUGAUGAUGAUGAUGAUGAUGAUGAUGAUGAAAACCGAAUUCAUGAGAAAUGA